UCAUUUCUAUUCAGAAGACUCCCGCAAAAUGGACGAAAAGGGAAAAGCAAAAAGAUUCGUGAGCAAAUCUAGACAAUCUAGGCAUAAACAUGGAAGUUCUGUAGUUAAGUCGAAAGCAAAGUCAGUAUCUCGAAAAAUGAGAAGGACCAAACAACCAGUAGUGCAACCUGUAGUGCAAAAAGCUGCGGUAUUAUCCCCUCCAGAUAAAAAAGAGAAAGAAAAUAAAAAGGACGAAAAGAAAGAUGAAAAAAAGGAAGAAAAAAAGGAAGAGAAAAAGGAAGAAAAAGGAGAAGGAGAAAAGAAAGACGAGAAAAAAGAUUCGAGUGCGCCAUUGAAGAAACUGUCAGAAGAGAAAAAGAAAAGUUCUCGAGCAAGAGGAAAAGAGAAUAUGGGUCCAGGAUCAGAUAGUGAUUUAGAUGGAGAUUUAGGAAUGAAAAAGAGUAACAUUGUACUACCAAAUCAAAAGGGAAAGCCCCAGAAAGUAUCAAUCAAAACUCGUGACGUAGAUCAGAAGGAAAUGGAAAAACUUUUGAAAAAAUUGAAAGAAAACAAAUCUCAAUCGAUAAAAGCUACAUCCCCUCUUGACGAUAAAUCCAAAAUGUUUAUGGAUCGAAUUGUUAAAAAGCCGUAUCUUUCUAAAUACACCACUAAAGAGAAACUGACUCUUUUAACUGAUGAUGGAACAGUUGAUGACAUAUUCAAAGAAUCAAAAGUUAAAAAAGACAACUCAGCAACAAUUGUUCCUGUGGAAGACUCGUAUGAUUAUGUGCCAAAAUUGUCGGUUGUAGAGAAGAUGUCGGAUCAGAAUAUCUACAUAAAGGGAGAGACUGAUUAUGUCCCAUUUUGGGCAGCAUAUGUUGAACCAAAUGAAGAUGAUACCAAAGACGUGGAACCGCCCAUAUCAGUUGGAAGUGAUCAUGUCGAAUCAUUUCAUGAAGGGAAACUUACACUCAAAACUAUCAAAUCCGCGAAACUGGUGCUUGACGAAUAUCAGCCAUCUUGUCUUUUCAUGAAACUUGACGAAAAGUUCUUUCAUCCACAUCUCGUUUUUUCAAAUACCGUUCGUUCACUUAUUAAUGUGCAAGGACCGGCUAUGGAGAAAUUGCAACCGAUAAAAUCUAGCUCAAAAAAUGAAGAUGACGAGGGAGAAAGGGAAGAGGCAACUCAAUUAGAAGGAAAUAAUGUAACAAUGGCCGAAAAUAUUUCUAGAAUUUUUAGUUACGAGAGAUCCCGUCCAAUUCUUUCUGCUCGAGAAGCAAAAGAACGUAAUCAGACAUUGCAUGUAUCUUCUCCAAAAUCGAUUUCUCAAAAGCCACCAACAACAAACGUCGAGAUGGAAGAUGAAGUAUUCGAUUGAUUUCCAUAUUUUAGAACUGUUUUAUUUAUUUUCAAGAUUAGUAUCACUGAUAAAUCACUUUUAAAAAUACUUUGUUUUUUUUAUUAGCACUGCCAAACCUGACUGAACAGUUCCAGUUCGUCCGGUUUUCUCUCAGAUUUUGAAACGCAAAUAAAAAAAUUAAA